UCCCGUCAAUGUACUUUUACUACUAUUUACUACUAUUCUACGAGGCUCUCAAAGCAUCACCUUUUUCUCUAUCUUUUCUAUCUUUUAGCUCCCCCAGUAAGUGUCCUUCCUGCGGUCCUGGUACUGCUGUCAUUGCUCUGUACUCUUUGUUGCAUCAUAUUAUGCAUGUUGUGUAUUUGUGUGUGUGUGUGUGGUACCUGUGCUCUUUUGGUGGGAUCCCUUCAGAGCCAGGACUGGAGCAAGAGUGACGAGAGGCUCCUCCAGGCUGUGGAACAGAACGAGGCCGACAAAGUAUCUGCCCUCAUUCUCAAAAAAGGCCUCUGCCCCACCAAGCUGGAUGCUGAGGGAAAGUCGGCGUUCCAUCUGUCUGUAUCUCGAGGGCGGCUGGACUCUCUGGAGGUCAUCAUCUCUCACGGCGCAGACCUCAAUGUCACAGACGGCGCCGGUUCCAGUGCCCUUCACCUCGCAGCCAAACACGGACAAAGCGAGUGUUUAAAGAGACUUCUACAGGAGAGACUGGAAGUAGACUUCACUGACACCAUUGGGAGGACACCUCUCCAUCAUGCAGCGGUCAGUGGCUGUUUGUCCUGUACGGAGAUCCUGUGGGACUUUAAAGCCGACCUGGACAUCCAGGAUGGGGAUGGCGCCACCGCACUCAUCCUCGCAGCCCAGAUGAGCCGAGCGGAGCUGUGCGCCUUCCUCCUGGGCCGAGGUGCCAACGCUGACACGCAGGACAACCAGGGGAGGACUGCGUUGAUGUUGGCCUGCGAGAGCGACAGCACCGAGACGGUGGCGGCCCUGCUGAGGGGCGGGGCUAACACACAGCUGGUGGACGGCCUCGGAAACAAAGCGGCCGACUACGGCACGGCCAACCAUCACAUCGGCCACAUGCUGGAGAACGGAGCACCCCCGGUUUCUGAGGGCGCAGGCGACGAGGUAAUGUUAAUCGGUUUGUCGCCCACGCCACAUCCGAGUAGUCCUGCUGCCACCCCCCGGUCGCCUGAGCCCCACACCCCCUCGCCACAGCCUCCUCAAUCACAGCAGGUGGAAGAUGAGGAGGUGUUUGAGGAGAUUCGGCGUCUACGUGUAGAGAGGGGGCAUCUUCUCCAGAAGAUAAAAGCUUUGGAGCAGCAACAACAGAGCGCCCUCUCUGCCAUUGAGGAGUUGUCCCACCUCAGGCAGCGCCUGAAGGAGGCAGAGGCUGAGAGGGACAAACUGAUGGAGGAGCUGAAGGGAGUCAACGGGAUGGGGGCCAGCGACUCUGAGGAUCUGGAUGACGUGCUUGACUUCCCACAGAGGCUGCUCUCCAAGCGCUCCAGAGCCUCACCUGCUGGAGAUGAGACCUCCUCUCAAGGGGAUGCAGAGUCCGCCGUCCCGUCUCCCGCCCCCACAGAACCCGUGGAAGAAUUACAGAAACAAAUAGAGGAGCUUGCAUCGCAGAACGCUGAGUUAGUUCUGAAAGUGCAGAUGCUGGAGAUGUUCGAGAAGGAUGACACAGACAUGCAGACCCCCAGCCAGGAUUUUGUGCCCAUAGCCCAGUAUGAGACCAUUAGGAAGGAGUUUGAAGCCCUGCAGGAGUGCCUGUCUCAGGCUCAGGCAUCUGAUAGGGCAUCCGGGGUCCUGGAGGAAGGUGGUGAGGAGACAUCUCCAGCUGAGGAGCUUCUUAAGAAGAAGCUGGCCUCCUCCCUGUCCGAGCUGGAGCAGCUCAAGGAGCAAAUGCGUCUGGGGGUGUUCUCUGUGGAGUGUGGGGAAGGCGACACGGCGGCAGCAGGUGUCAGCCGGGGCCCGAGCCCAGAGGCCGAGCAGCUGAAGGCGAGGGUGGCCGAGCUGGAGGAGGAGCUUGCCAAGAGGCAGGCAGAGGCGGUCGCUCGGAGCUCCGAGGACGCUGACAGAAUCAAGCAGCUGACGGAGCGAGUCCAGCAACUCAAAGCUGCGGUGGAAGACACCAAAGUGGCCGAGCUGGAGGCAGCAGGAAGAGGGACCCCGUCGGGAGACGCGGGAGCAAAAAGAGACGACGCUCGACGCCUUCAGGAGCGUGUGGGGGAGCUCGAGGAGGAGCUGAAGAAGCGUGUGCCCCGUUCACACCUGGAGGAGGUGCAGGUCACCCUGGGCCUUCAGUGUGAGCAGCUGGCCAGGGAGAGAGCGGAGGUGGCGAGGAGGCUCAACGAUGCCCUGCUGGAGCUGGAAAGAGUCAGGCCUCCGGCGAAUGGCGAAGAGGAGGAGGAGGAAGAAGAACAGCACUCUGAGAGCUCGGAGCUCUCCGUCACAUCAGAGCGCUCCAGGCGAACCUUGGCCUCGGUGCGAGAGGAACUCGAAGUGGCUCGGCAGGAAGCCGCCCAAGCUCUCGACUGUCUGUGUGCCGAGCGUGAGAGCCGCGCCCAGGACGCCCUGCAGCUGCAAGAUGCCGUCCCGUUCUCCAAGCACAAGGAGGCGCUGUCCGCCGUGUCGGAGCAGCUGGCUGGAACGUUACAGGAGCUCCAGCAGGAGAAGACUUUGCGGACGGAGGCGGAGGAGCAGGCGGUCAGACUGCAGGCCAGACUGCAGGCCAUGCAUGAGGCCGUGCCGAGGGAGGAGCACCAGAAAGUCAAGGCAGAGUUGGAGCGCUCCCUGCUGGCCAGUGAAAGCAGUGCAGCAGCAGCUCAAGAGGCUCUGAGCGAGAAGGAGACGGAGCUGAGGGAGCUCAAGUCCCAGAAGGCCGCAGAGCAGGGUCUGAUCUCUCAGGAGGACCACGAGGCCCUGAGACUGUCCAUGCAGGCCGAGAUCAACGCCAUGAUGGCUCGCUUUAACGAUCUGACCCGCAAACACGAGAAGACCUGCACCGAGGUGUUUCAGGUGCAGAGGGAGGCUCUCUUCAACAAGAGCGAGCGGCAGGUCGCGGAGACUCGGCUGACGGCCGUGCAGCAGCAGCUUCAGGAGCUGCAAGCCAAGUCCAGUCACAUCCAGGAACUCCACAACAACAUCCAAGAGUCCCAAGGCCUGGUCAAGGAGAAGGACCGCAAGAUAACAGAGCUUUCCAAGGAGGUGUUCCGGCUAAAGGAGGCACUGGGAGCUCUGUCACCUCCCCUUGGCAUCAUGUCCUCCCCCCACACGCACCAUAGCAAUCCUGGGCAGCAGGUGGCGCUGCAGAACAGGGUAGCCAUACUCAACCAACAGCUGCAGGAUUGGGAAAGAAAGCACAAGCAGGUGGUGGCUGUGUAUCGAUCACAUCUGCUGGCAGCUGUACAGGGCCAUAUGGACGAGGAGGUGCAAGGUUUGCUCCUGCAGAUCCUGAGGAUGACCCAGCAGGGACACUGACGUCCAUAUCCACCCAUCCAGUACUGUACAUGAUAUGAUACAGUGUAUGUGUACUGUACUAGCAACUAGUAGACGCUGAAUGAAUGAAUGAGAUUGUUAUUUGAACAAGAUAUAUUCCAUCUUCUGGUAAUAAAACAUCUCCAUUCCACGGUGGUCCUGCUGGAAGCACUCCCCAAACGCACACCCAGUGAUUUCUGUUCUGUGUUUAUUGAUUGACAAGGGCAUCCAUCAUACAUUGUCAUCAAGAGGAGAGAUUCCUGAGAAAGAAAAAGAACUGCAGCCAAGGAGAAUCCUAAGUGGUAAAGUUAUAGUUAAUGUGUUACAGUGGAAGGCGUUUAUCACAAAACAGGAAGUCCGACACUUUCUAUUUCUAUAUUUACACUCACUGUGCCCUCCGUCAUGUAAGGUGGGCCGCGUGAUGAAUGCAAGGAUGCAAUUUUGACACUUUGCUUUUUCUCAUCAAUAUUUUCACUUCAUUCUUCUAAUA